AUGUCUCCUUCUACAAGUGUGGACAUUGGUCCAGAUGACGGAGCCACAAGUAGUCCUGAAGUUGAUGUUGUGUCUGCUUUGUUGGCUGUCAAUACGGCUCUGGAAGAAGAGCUAAAAAGUCUUCAGAUUAAAAUUUCAUCAAGCCUUUUCAGAGUUGAUGCCAUUCCAGAUGAUGUUCAUAUGAGAGCUGUCAGCGGAUUCUCUAGAAAUAUUUUUCACACUGUUUUUUCAUUCCUUUGCCUAAAUAACUGCACGAAAUAUGUUAAUAACCUGUCUCCUAUUAAUCAGUUUUUUCUUUUUCUUGUUUAUCUUCGUACUGGUGUAUCCCAGAACUUUUUAUCUAUUCUAUUUCAGAUUCACCAAACAACUGUUUCUAAAGUUAUUAACCAUCAAUCCCAUAUUAUUUUUUCUAAAUUAAAAUCUGUUGAUAUCUGGCCUUCUCGUGAAUCUGUUAAUAAAAGCAUGCCUUUAAUUUUAAAAAGAUUUCCUAAAUGUCGCGCAAUAAUUGAUUGUACAGAAUUUCCUAUCCAACAACCAUCUAGUCCUCUUCUUCAACAACAGACCUUUAGUCAUUAUAAAAAUACUAACACCCUAAAAGCUUUAAUUGGCAUAACUCCUUCCGGUGCCAUCUCCUUCAUAUCUGAUCUCUGGGGUGGCUCAAUUUCUGAUAAGGAAUUAUUCCUUAAAUCUAAAUUACUGGAAAAAUUAGAGAAAGAAAACCUUAUAUUGGCAGAUAAAGGCUUCAAGAUAAGCAAAGAGUUGGAAGAAAAAGGCUGCCAAUUUGUUACGCCCCAUUAUUUAGUGGACAAAAUUCAAUUUUCUCCUAUGGAACUGGGCGAAAAUAAGGUAGUAUCAAAUCACCGAAUCCAAGUAGAAAGGGCCAUAAGCCGAAUUAAAACGUAUAAAAUUAUUGAAGGGAAAACUUUGGCCCGCCAUUGGGACAUUGUGAACGAAUUCUUUUUCAUUGUUGCUUUUUUUGCCAACUUUGGAAACCCAUUAAUAAAUUUACAGAAUUAUUAAAAAAAAAUCAAUUUUAUUGUAUAUAUUUUGUUGUAUUAUUCAUUUAUUAUAUUUUAUCUGUAUAUAUUGUAUUUUGCUGUAUUAUCCUUUAUUAAUUUUAUCUGUAUAUAUUGUAUUUUGUUGUUUUGUAUAUAUUAAAUCAUGGAGUCUAGAGUAUCAUAUGGAGACUGUAUAUACAACUCCAAUUCAAAAUAUUAGAAUAACCAAAAAAGGCAUUGUAUUACCUUAUAAAAUGCGUGAUAUCUUUAAAAAUAAACAACGGUGGCGAACGGAAAAAUUAUUAACC